AUGGCUCUGAAAGUCGACUUUAACGCGCUCAAGGCGCGGACCAUGGGGUCUGGCGCUGAUGAGGAAGCGGUGACUGUUGACACUAGAGGAUUGAUCUCUAAGGUACUCGCUCGAUAUUCAGGGAAAUGGACUGUCUUGCGAGAAAUGAUUCAGAAUGCAGCUGACGCCUCGGCAACUAAAGUGACUAUCAAGUUUGAGACUAUGCCAUCGACGACCAUCCCAUCCCCCUCGUCUACAGACCCGUCAGAACUUGUCAAGCAUACUGUCACAAACCAUACACUUCGGCGUCUCUUAAUCUCCAACAACGGUUCCCCAUUUAGUGAAAAGGACUGGGCGCGAUUAAAACGUAUCGCUGAUGGAAAUCCUGAUGAAACAAAGAUAGGAGCCUUUGGCGUAGGCUUCUAUAGUGUUUUUGAUGAUUGCGAAGAACCAUUUGUGUCCUCCGGCCGACAAGCCAUGGCAUUUUACUGGAAAGGCAAUUCACUAUUUACUCGUCGACUGGACCUUGGUGAUUCCUCGAACCAAGACACCACCUUUGUCUUGGACUACCGCAACGACUCGUCCCCCAUACCAUCUUUAAUGCAGCUUUGUCAAUUUUUGUCAAGUAGUCUGACAUUUGUCGCUUUGGAAGAGAUUGAAUUAUGGUUGGAUGAUUGGAAUUUGUUGUGUCUGUCUAAGAAAACAGCCCCGGGCGUUAAUGUUCAAAUUCCAAAGGACAUCGAAACCAAGACUGCAGAUGGGCUCAUGAAAGUUGCCAGUAUUGCGCAAGGGAUUGCACAGGUUGAUGCGUCAUGGAUGCGAAUCGUGGAGUGGAAUCCUAACGCGAGUGUUUUCCGCCUCGAUAGCCUUCGAGAUACGACAAGUUCACUGCGAAGCUUCUUCUCUAAAUUUACAGCCCCAAGCGGACCAGAGAAAUCAUCUCAGCUUCAAAAGUUGGAGAAUCCCGAGGAAUCAGGGAAUAUGACUUCUUUGCUAAAGGCCUCCGUCUUCUUACACAUUAACACUGCAUUUAUUCAAGCUUCGCCCAGCUAUGACUUGAGCAAGGAGCUUGAACGAGCCACACGGAAGCCUCCGCCAAAGAAGGCCACUAUUGCAAUCCUGACUCCCUCCUAUGACGCUACCAUCGCUACAGGGGCUUCAGCUUCAAAUUCGGAGGUCCUGGCUUCCAUUCUUCCUUCUAAAGGCGGACGGGUCUUCAUAGGGUUUCCAACUCAGCAAACCACUGGGCUGAACGCUCAUGUCUCUGCACCAUCAGUCAUUCCUACUGUAGAGCGAGAAAGUAUUGACCUAAACACUCGUUACAUCAGUAAAUGGAAUAUUGAAAUGUUACGUGCUGUCGGUAUCGUCUGUCGUAUUGCUUGGUCGGUGGAGAUGAACACCAUCAAAUCUAAAAUUGCGGCGAAAAUUGGCCCUGCUCACUUAUCAAAAGUCAGGAAAGACGAUAUCGUUGAUGUUCUCCCAGAAGCGAUUCAUACCGCAAAUCAGUUUGUCUUCCGUGAAUCAACGCCAUCUUCAGCUCUGGGUCAGACGAUCGAAGACGCCUUCUGGAUGUGCAACAAAAAUGCCUCUAUUGAGAUUCUCUCAACAUGCGGUGUUAUUCCAAGCCAUCAGACUCGCAUAGCUCCCAAAGACCUGAGCUUUAUGGACUCUAUCCCUGCUUUGCCUGAUGACUUCGUGCUGCAAGCCAAAGGUUUUGUCCAGAGACUAAUAGACUUUGGAUUGGUUACCGAUAUAACAGUGUCUGAUGUCAAGCGUGAACUCGAGGCAAGUACACUUCGAGCUGACCAAGUCGUUGAAUUUUUGAAAUGGUUGGGUCGCAAAUCUUACGCUGAGAAGCUUGACAAACCUUCAGUCCAAAGCCUGUUACGAGCUGCCGUGGCAAAUGAUGAAGACCAAGAAGGCCAGGCUACACGCUUGAUUAUAUUUGCCGAUAUCAAUAGCUAUUUGAAUCCUCAACGCAUACCAGCAGAAUUGCCAGUAGCUACCGCAGUGAUGCCUUUUCGAUUUACUAAACAUUUAAAGAAGGAGGAACUUGAAGCUUUGGGAUGGGUUGAACUUCAGACUGUUGCUUGGCUUCAUUGGCUUGUCAGCAACUCUGGAAAUCGCAGCAUACUCUCAGCAGAUCAGGAUAUCAAACAAAGCCCUCUUUUUGCCGGACAGGUUUUGCCGGUCUUGUCCAAGCAGUGGGAAGCCCUCAGCUCGUCUGCAAAAUCAACAGUGGUCAGCACACUCCAAGUCGAGACCGUGAUCCCGACAAAGCUUGGAAUGAAACAGCCUUCGCAAACUUACUUCGGCUCCGUGCGUCUUUUUGAUGACCUUCCAGUUGUGCAUGGCCUUAAUGGAGUGAAGGAGAAAUUUCUAGUGUCGCUUGGAGUCCGCAAGACUGUUGAGCUAGGUGUGAUCUUUGAUCGUCUCGUUGAUUCUCCUGAGUCUGGGGAUACCAAGGGUUUAGCUAGAAAAUGGAGUCACGUUGAUCUAAUACGAUACCUGACAUCUGUUCGCGAAGACAUUCCUGCAAACGACAUACAGCGACUGAAGAACACAAGCACAUGUACAGCAGAACCCCGAAAAGAUGUGCAAACUCCACAUGGCACCCGCUUCAAGAUCGCUGAACUGUAUGAGCCAAAUGAUUCCCUUCGCGCUUUGGGCCUACCAGUCAUAGAUUGGCCAGGUAUCUAUAACAGCACCAGCAAUGAGGGCAAGUUCCUGUCGAUGAUGGGCUUAAAAAGCUACCCAUCUGGCCCUGAGCUCAUCCGAAUCAUGAUAAAAAGUGAUACAGAUAAAGAUACCGGUCGAAAAUCCAAAGCCCUAUCUUUCUUCCUUAAUGAAUAUCACAAGAAUGGUUAUGACACGUUCGAAAUCAACAUGGUCACGGCUCCCUUCCUUCCCAUUGAAGGUUCAGAGGAAUUGGCGACGCCAAAGAAGUGUUUCACGAACGAGGGUGCAUCUUUGUUUGAAUUUCAUAUUCUCCAAAAGCAGCUCCAUCCAUAUGCUAGCAAGCUAGGUGUUAAGCCUCAUCCUCCCGUGUCAGAUUGUCUAGAAGCUCUUAUGAGCCAACCUCCCAAAACCCAAGAGGACGCAAGAGUGAUCUUCAAGUAUCUAGCGGGCAGAGUAUCGGAUUUGAGGCCCCAGGAUAUUGAGCGGGUUGGAACUUCUCCCGUUAUUCCGAUCUCUACCCAUGACCUAUCGGGAAAGAGUUCUCGAACUCGGUUCGUUGCGCCUAGAUCGUGUUAUCUUGGCGACGGAGAAGACUACAAAGAUAUUUUUGACUUUGUAGAUUUUGGUCAAGAGGCCAACCUUUUCCUCUUAGCUGCCGGUUCAAGAAGAGAACCAACGAAGCUUGAGAUAGCACGGAUGUUGGUGACAGAGCCUGCUCGAAUUUCUGCUACGUUCAAAAGCUCCGAUAAAUACCUCAUGCUGCUGAGAACUCUUGCGGAGAGUCUUCCUCUCCUCAAGAAAGACAAAGAUCUUUUCAAUAGUAUGAAGCGUGCAAGAUUUCUGAUGGCCAGUCGAGACCUUCCUCCUCGUGAAAGGAAGUCUGCCGAAAAUGAACUUCCAGAUCCAGAUGUGGACUUAGAUAUCAGAGAAUGGAAUCUCUCCUCGGCGAGGGAAAUUGUUGUUGUGGAUGAUUUCCAGAGCUUCAAUCUCUUUAAAGAGCACAUCCUUGUGGCACCACAGGAGGAGACUCUAGAAAGUUUCUAUAUGGCCCUCGGGGCUGUUCCUUUGAGCAGCCGCAUAGAGGAACGGACGACAUUAGGAGGCCUCAUUGCUGAUCAGACGUCUGCCGCGAGAUUACACAAACUUAUCCUAGAGCGUGUACGACUUUUCUUGCAUGAUCAGCCAGUGGACUCUAUUCAGCAUGGAUCUCGGUGGUUAGAGCAAAGCUUCAGUGUACAAGUAGUGAAUUCUAUCACACUAACUCGGUCCUUGAAGAGCCUACCCAUAUCUCACAAGCAACUGCGGAAAGCCAUCGUCGCCCGUCACAAUAACUGGGCUCUGUGCAUCUGUCCUGGUAAAUAUGAUCUAUAUGAGAUCAGUCAAUCAUUGGUUCAUGUGAUUCUCAAACGGCCCAAACUUCACUCCACACUGACGUUGGAAAUGUUGCUAAAAACAGACCUUCUAGAGCUUCGUGCUCGAGGAUAUAACGUGGAGCGUAUCCUAAGCCAGAGGGCCCAUGAAGCUCGAAUAGCAGAAGACAGACGGCAAAAACAGCUGGAGGAGGAGAUGCGUGCCUUACAAGAGAGGGAAGCAGAGCUAGCUACAGAGCAGGCUCAGCAAGCCAAGGAAGAGAUUCCUGAACUGAAGACCAUGCCCGGUGUCUUCCCAGAAUCACCGAAGGACACACGGGUCGCGCCGUCAGAGCUAACCUUGCCGAAUAGAUCCUCUCGCGGCUUGUUUGCAAAUUUGUCCAAACGGUUUGGUCUGGAUAACCGCACAACUGCCAAUACCGCCGAGCAGUCUCAGUCCCUUCUUCCGGAAUCCUCUAACGAGCCUCAAAAGCCGCGCCCAGAACGGGAAGUAUCUAUCAACUCUCCUCACCAACCAAACCGCCAGCUUCUUUCUGCUGUGCAGGCCUGUCGCCCCCAUGGGUCAUCUCAUGUAUUCAACCGGCCUGAGACGAAUCAAAUUACUGAAACCAAGUCAUACUGCGAUGAACGCCCUGGCCAUGACUUGGAAUUUUUUGCGACUCUCCCGAAUGGAAUCAACGUAUUAUUUUCAAGAAGGGUCCCCGAUCGAUCUACAUUCCUGUCGGAAAACCGCACUGGUAUCAAUAUGUUCUCGGUAGUGCUUCUUGAUUGCAGCAGUAUCUUUUCGAUGCAUCCGAACAGCCUAAGCAUCUUCUACGAUCCAGGUAGUAAGACCAUCGCAUUCAACUCAUCGGGCAGCAUCUUUUGCAACUACUUCUACUUCCAGUCAUUGCAAGAGAAGCCAUUGCUUCAGGCUGCCAUUCCCGAUCGCACUGAUGCUAUCGUAUACUGGUGGGUGAUAUUGUGCCAUGAAUUGGCGCAUAACCUUGUUGGUGAUCACAGCGCUGCGCAUAGCUUCUACACCGAAAGCUUUGUGACACAGUACUUCCCAAAGGUAGCAGUCAAGCUCGCAAGCCUUGUAUCACAACCUCUUCCAUCUAGUGCGUGA